UCCUUGGGAAAGGCCGUGGCGAGCCCAGACUCUGGGCAGCGUGCUCCCUCCGCUACUCCUGUGCCGGUGCCUCCGGGUUCUGCCACCGGGUUCUGCCGGCUCCAGCGCCUCCUUUUCAGAGCUGUGGUUCGCUUCUCUUUCUGCAGCUCCGUCCAGAAGAUUCCGCCAGCACAGGAAAGGACUUUGUGAUGCGACAAACAGGACAGCGUGGACUCUUGUGCCCCUACUGUCCUGUUGCUACAUUCAAGUCGGGGCAGGGGUGUCCCCUGAAGGAGGACCAGCCGCACUGUGCCCGCUCCUCCCCGGCCAGCCCUGGUCACCUGUCACCCUGCAGCACCCAGCCUGUGUGUCACCAGUUUACACAUCCAAGCACACUGGGAAGUUGCAGUCCAGAGCCUGGGAUGGGGAAGUGGAUACAGCCAGGUGGCCGCCGGGGAAAGAUACAGCCCGGAGGAGAGGUCAGCCGCCAGCUGCGAGCCCCCCACCAGCCACAGCCAUGAGCAGCUGGAGAAAGGACCCCCUCGGCGGCGGCAGCUCCGAGCCCCUCAAGGUCGUCAUCAUCGGCAAUGGUCCCUCGGGCAUCUGUCUGUCCUACCUGCUGUCGGGCUACACCCCCUAUGUGAAACCGGACGCCGAGCACCCACACCCACUCCUGCAGAGGAAGCUCGCCGAGGCCCCGGGGGUCUCCAUCCUGGACCAGGACCUGGAUUACCUGUCUGAAGGCCUCGAAGGCCGGAGCCAAAGCCCUGUGGCCCUGCUCUUUGAUGCCCUCCUGCGCCCAGACACAGACUUUGGGGGAAACAUGGAGUCCGUUCUCACCUGGAAGCACCAGAAGGAGCGAGCCAUCCCCCAUGUGGUCCUCGGCCGGAACCUGCCCGGGGGAGCCUGGCAUUCCAUUGAAGGCUCCAUGGUGACGCUUAGCCAAGGCCAGUGGAUGGGGCUCCCGGACCUGCCGGUGAAGGAGUGGAUGCGUAGGAGGCGAAGAGGUCUCCGCAACAGCCGGGCCACGGCCGGGGACAUCGCUCACUAUUACAGGGACUACGUGACCAAGAAGGGCCUGGCCCACAACUUCGUGUCUGGUGCCGUAGUCACAGCCGUGGAGUGGGGGAUGCCGGAGUCCAGCGGCUCCGGGGUCGGGGAGCCCGGCCCCCUCUUCCAGGUGAGCGGCUUCCUGACCACCGAGGACCAGAGCCGGCAGCCUUUCUCCCUGUGCGCCCGCAACGUGGUGCUGGCCACAGGCUCAUCGGACAGCCCGGCCCGGCUGGGCAUCCCUGGGGAGGACCUGCCCUUUGUCCACUACGAGCUCUCGGCCCUGGAAGCAGCCACGCGGGCAGGCGCAGUGAGCCCAGGCUCGGACCCCGUCCUCAUUGUGGGCGCAGGGCUCUCGGCCGCCGACGCAGUCCUGUACGCCCGCCACUACAACAUCCCCGUGAUCCACGCCUUCCGCCGGGCCGUGGACGACCCCGGCCUGGUCUUCAACCAGCUGCCCAAGAUGCUGUACCCCGAGUACCACAAGGUGUACCAGAUGCUGCGGGAGCGGUCCGUCCUGUCGCCCGGCCCCUACGAGGGCUACCGCAGCCUCCCGGAGCACCGGCUUGUGCUCCUCAAGGGGGACCGCCAGGCCGUGCUGCAGGACCCAGGGGGGCUCCAGAAGGUCUUCGGAGUCGCCCUGGUGCUGGUGCUCAUCGGCUCCCACCCUGACCUCUCCUUCCUUCCCGCGGCGGGUGCGAACCUGGCCAUGGACCCUGACCAGCCCCUGAACGCCAAAAGGAACCCCAUCGAUGUGGACCCUUUCACGUACCAGAGCACCCACCAGGAGGGCCUGUACGCUGUGGGGCCACUGGCAGGGGACAAUUUUGUGCGUUUCGUGCAGGGUGGGGCCCUGGCUGUGGCCAGUUCCCUGCUGAGGAAGGAGGCCAGGAAGCCACCCUAGCGCCUGGCCUGGCCUCGUUGUACCCAGACCCUAACGAGGAAGGGAGGUUCCUACAGCCCUGCUGGACACCCCAGCGAGGGACGGGGGCCUCUCCUGGCAGGAGACAGGAGGGGCCCUGAGCCCAGGCAGCAGCCUCUCGGAUGAAGACGAGCAGGGAACCCAGGCUGCCUGGACUGGGACUAGUGCCCAGAGUGGGAACAGAGGCCGCAGGCCAUGGUAGGCUGUGAUUUAGGGAGAAAGCUGCUGGUACGCCAGCUGAGCACUGAGCCAAGAGGACUCCAGGCCCUACUCCUUCCAGAAUUGGGUCCCAAUUAAACCCAGUACCUGCCUCCA